AUGGAGAAGAUCAUCUUCAGAGUGAUCAUCUUUACCAGCGCAUGCUGUUUGUCUAAAAAACAUGUUCAUGUUCUAAAAGACCUAAAGUGGGCAGAUGCUCGAGCACACUGCAGAAACUAUUACACUGAUCUUUCACCUCUCACCAACGAACUGGAGGAAGAGGUGUUCAGAGAAUCUGAGGAGAAGACCUGGGAGGAGGCUCUGAAGUACUGCACAAGGAACCAAGAUAGCCUUAGCAGCCUGCUGUCUGAGACCGAGAACCUUCUGGCUACAAAAGAGAUCCAACAGACCAGUAUCACUGAGCGGGUGUGGAUCGGUCUGCGUUACCUUGAAGAUGAGUGGCUGUGGGUGAACGGAGACCCUCUGGUAUAUAAGAACUGGACCCAAGGAGAAGAGGACCUCCAGUGUCCACUGAAGAGACGCUGUGGAGCUUUAACCAAAGAAGGAGAGUGGGAGAACUGGGACUGCCAGGAGAAACUACAUUUUAUCUGUGGCUAA